GCACCCUGAGAUCAUGACCUGAGCCGAAGGCAGAGGCUUAACCCACUGAGCCACCCAAAUGCCCCGGGGAGAACCUAAUUUGAUCUCCCGCCAUUCCCCCGCCUCCACCCCCCCACCCCCCGGAGUGAAUCCUGUCCGGAGCUCGAGCACAAGGAGGUGCCUCAUAACGGCACCGAAACUGAACUUCUCGGCAACCGGAAAUGUCCAGGUGGCUAGGUCAACCGCUCUCUCCAACCCAAACCUCCGCAGUCCUCCAGGACCAUAGAGAGCUGCGCGGCGACCGCCCCUCUCGAAGCUCUACCCCUUUGGGGAACGGUGAGAGCGGGAUCGAAGGCUAGAGAGGCCGGAAGUGCGGCGAGCCGGGGGACGCGCUGGCCGCGUCGGCGGUGGGAAGCCUCGGUUCCUCUCCGGUUUUUCACUCGCGGCUCGGAGACAAGGGCCCCUGAAGAACCUUGGGAUGGACGAAGAGGGAGUGCGGCAGCCCUCUGGGCCACCCACGAGGAAGAAAUUCUUCAUACCGCUGGAGGAGGAUGAGGCUCCUCCUGCAGGGGUCAAGCCCUUAUUCAAAUCCACCCGGAGCCUGCCCACCAUGGAGACCUUGCCUCAGGCAGCCCCUCAGACAUAUGCUGAGUAUGCCAUCUCGGGACCUCCAGGAGGGGCCGGAGCGCCACAACCCCCGGGGCCUGAGCCCCUGGCAGGAGAGACUGCUAAUCAGGCCCCCAAACCAGGGGCGAAGUCCAGCAGCAUCAUUGUGAGCCCCCGCCAGAGGGGCAACCCCGUGCUGAAGUUUGUGCGUAAUGUGCCCUGGGAGUUUGGUGAUGUGCUUCCCGACUACGUGCUGGGCCAGAGCACCUGUGCCCUGUUCCUCAGCCUCCGCUACCACAACCUCCACCCAGACUACAUCCACGAGCGGCUGCAGAGCCUGGGGAAGAGCUUCGCCCUGCGGGUCCUGCUCGUCCAGGUGGACGUGAAAGAUCCUCAGCAGGCCCUCAAGGAGCUGGCCAAGAUGUGCAUCCUGGCUGACUGCACCCUAGUCCUUGCCUGGAGCCCCGAGGAGGCGGGGCGCUACCUGGAGACCUACAAGGCCUAUGAGCAGAAGCCGGCAGACCUCCUGAUGGAGAAGCUGGAGCAGGACUUCGUCUCCCGGGUCACUGAAUGUCUGACCACUGUGAAGUCAGUCAAUAAAACAGACAGCCAAACCCUCCUAACUACUUUUGGGGUAAGGAAUGACUCCCUCGUCCCAAUGGGCAUUUUGACCCCUUUGCCUUUUCAAGGACCCCCCCACACCACAACUCUUUCCUUCCACUGCUCUGCCCCCUUCUUCCCAUCCUUCCUGCCUCCCCUGCCCUCGCACAGGACCUCAGCUCCUUCCUGGGAUCUCUGAGACCCCCGAUCAGCAGGUACAGGGUAGUCUCAUGCUCCCCAUUUCUGACC